CCCGGAUCUGCAGGGCGCUCGGCUGUCCUAGCGCGCCGAACUCGCCGCCGCCUCCGAGUCCAUCCUCGAGGACGGGACUGAGCCUCAGGACGCCAGCCUUCUUACUCUAAAAGUCAAGGCGGCCUUGUCUGGUUUUUUCCCGAACGCGGCUGCCUAUCGCAGAUCGGCCGGGCGAGCGGCCCGCGGAGAAUCCGGGCGCCCCGGGACCGCGUCGCGCCGUCGGGUGCAGCGCGCACCAUGGCCGGCUGCUGCUGCUUGUCCGCGGAGGAGAAGGAGUCGCAGCGCAUCAGCGCGGAGAUCGAGCGGCAGCUUCGCCGGGACAAGAAGGACGCGCGCCGCGAGUUCAAGCUGCUGCUGCUGGGAACUGGUGAAAGUGGCAAAAGCACCUUUAUCAAGCAAAUGAGAAUCAUCCAUGGGUCCGGUUACAGCGAUGAAGAUAGAAAGGGGUUCACGAAGCUGGUUUACCAAAACAUAUUCACCGCCAUGCAAGCCAUGAUCAGAGCCAUGGACACUCUGAGGAUACAGUAUGUGUGUGAGCAGAACAAGGAAAAUGCCCAGCUAAUCAAAGAAGUGGAAGUGGACAAGGUCUGCGCCCUGUCCGGGGACCAGGUGGAGGCCAUCAAGCAGCUCUGGGAGGACCCAGGAAUCCAGGAGUGUUACGACAGGAGAAGGGAGUACCAGCUGUCAGACUCGGCCAAAUAUUACCUGACAGACCUUGACCGCAUCGCCAUGCCGUCGUUCGUGCCAACACAGCAAGACGUGCUUCGCGUCCGAGUGCCCACAACCGGCAUCAUCGAGUAUCCGUUUGACUUGGAAAACAUCAUCUUUCGGAUGGUAGAUGUUGGUGGCCAGCGAUCUGAGAGACGGAAAUGGAUUCACUGCUUUGAGAGUGUCACCUCCAUUAUUUUUUUGGUUGCACUGAGUGAAUACGACCAGGUCCUGGCUGAGUGUGACAACGAGAACCGCAUGGAGGAGAGCAAAGCCUUAUUUAAAACCAUUAUUACCUAUCCCUGGUUUCUGAACUCAUCUGUGAUUUUGUUCUUAAAUAAGAAGGAUCUUUUAGAGGAGAAAAUCAUGUACUCUCAUCUAAUUAGCUACUUUCCAGAAUACACAGGACCGAAGCAGGAUGUCAAAGCCGCCAGAGACUUUAUCCUGAAGCUCUACCAAGAUCAGAAUCCUGACAAAGAGAAAGUCAUCUAUUCUCACUUCACAUGUGCUACAGACACGGAGAAUAUCCGCUUUGUGUUCGCGGCUGUGAAGGACACAAUUCUCCAGCUCAACCUGAGGGAGUUCAACUUGGUUUAGAAGCUGCCGCCCACGCCUCACCCAUCCCACAGGACAGGAUCUGCAAGCUCCUCCCUUUUAUCUGCCACUGCUGGUGACGUCAGCACCAGGCCCGCCGCACAGGCCCCAGGGACGGGUGAUGGACUGUGUGAGAUGCUGGAGUUUAGCCAACUAUUUCAAAGCCUGUGUUUUUAUAUUUCUUUUCUUGACUUUUGGCUAUGAGAUUUUGUGUAAGUUUUGAAUUCGAUAUUUUAUAGAAAUUUUAAAAAGCCACUGUGAUUUACUGUGUUGUUGCUUUAAGUUAAAAGGUGUUUAAUAAUAGUCCUUAACACAACCUAUAACAGAAGAGUCUGUUAAUUUAUAGAUCAUGCCUUGAGACCUCUAGGAUUAAGUUGGGUGGCGUUUUUUUGUUGUUUAAAAGUUAAUGGGUUUGAAGCUUUUUAUUAAAUCUUGUAAUUUAGAGAUUUUAAAUUGAGUGGUUUUCUCUCUUCAUGCUGAAGUAUGCAUUUAACAUGCCAUCAAAGAUUUUUUAAGUUUUUUGUGUGUGUUAAUUAUUUCUUAAGCCAAAUUAAUGACUAUGUCAGUGUAUCUUAGUUUUGUCAUAACUGAUCACCAUGCAGUCGAAGCUGACAUAAAUGGGCUCUAGACAGCACAGAUGUUGUACUGGUGAAAAAUAUGUGUGUGCGCGCACGCGCGUGUAUAUGACUGAUUAUAUAAAGUCUCUGGCGGUCUUGUAAACUUAUAAAAUGGCUAAAAGCCUAAAUUGUUUAACAAAUGUAACGUCACCCCUGCCAAAGUUCUGAUGGCCACCACAGAUUUGGUGUUGGAACCAUGGAUUCUGUGCCUUUCUGAGGAGGCUAAGAAUAUACCAU